AUGGUAUUGAUUGUGCUAGAGUCUGCAUUGACGCGCCGAAUCAUCUUGGUCCCUUUGCAACCCUUUGUGCCCUCCAAGUCAGCGUCAUCAGCCAACCGUCGUCGCUCGUCGCCCCGUCUCAACUCUCACAGGACCGAGCAUAUCCGCAUCCACAUCUGCCAUCCUGCUAUCAACCAGACUUGCAACGACCCACCAGCUCACCUCUUUUUUUGUGUGAACCAGGUGCUUUGUCCGACAUCUCCCCCGGGCCUUGGAUAUCUUUUUCUUUGCAUUUGGGACGCGGCCAGACUUUAUACAUCGGCAGCAUUCACUUUACGCGCCGAAGCCGGGAUUUGUUCAUCGACUCACGACUUGCAGCCCACGACCACCACCUUCCCCGUUCAGUCUGUGGAUGCAACUGUGAACAAGUCGCCCACUCACAGCCGCUGCACCAAUUCAUCACACCAGACUUGUACCAGACGCCGCACCCUUUGGCCCUUUUGCGCUAGUCACCGCUCCUCGAGCGCCAUCAACAGCCCGCGAUCCUCUGUAACGUUCCUCAGCCAGACCCAUUUGGGCAAGUGUGUUCCGUGUGUUCCUUGGUCACUCGUGGCCGCCGCACUUUACAGCAUCGAAACCCUUCCACCUUUGCUGUUUGCCAGUCAACCUCCAAACAUGUCGUUGUCGCGCGCUUUUACAACUCGCCGGCUGCGAGGUGGCAGUGACCUCGCCGAGAGCGCCAAGAUACCUCAGCGAAGCAACACUACCAAGAUUCCCUACAACAUUCGCGACAAGAUUUCAGCCCCGGUACAGCUCCUUCACACUACCAACAUGCUGUCCUACAAUGCUCCCGAUAUUCCUCGCUCGUCUCGCAGCAACUCAACUACCAGCAAGUCCGGGUCAGAUGUUGAAUCCCAGAGCACUGCGGAUUCCACACCCCCUACCAGUCCCGAUGUAUCCUCCUCACCAGAGCCGAAUCACUUGUCCUGCUACUUCAAACCUGCCGCAUCAGCAUCGACGACCUUGCCCGUCGAGCCAGAGCCCCCCGCGAUUCCCAAGCGCUCUCCCUCGCACACCAAGAAGAAUUCAUACGAAGCUAUUGCCCGCCAGAGAUCUGUCUCGCGCAUGUCUCGGGAUUCAGACCACUCCAACUCCAUCAAGGCUGGCCAACCUUUCUCUCGCCCUCAUUCAACUUCCACGAGAGCUUCAUCCGCCUCACACGCCUCAUCGCCAUUUCCCCAGAAGCAGUCCACGCCGGCGGCUCGGCCAACCAACUCAACUGCCUCGACCCAAGCUCAGGCCAAGGAUUCUCAUCCCUUCGGACAUGAGUUGGCCCAGGUCACUGAGCUCGCAGAAGAGUACAGCAUCAACAGUCGCCUAGACACCAUUGACGAGGAACAGCAGUAUCUCGAUAACCGAGGCCUCAAGAAGCUAAGCCCAGAUGACUACUUGAGCGCUAUCCAGGGUAUUUCGACAAUGUUCUUCCCCGAACGAAAUCACACCACACCAGCCGCCCCCCUCUGGAUUUGA